AUGGCGGCGGCCCAACAGGCAAGGGCCGUUGGAGCAAGCGACGUUCGAGAAGCACCGGCGGAUGGAGACAGGGACGUGCGAGCUGUGGUUCUCCCCUGCGGCAAGAAGGGGUCCUUCAAGGGCGAGGUGUACCAGUUUCGCCGGCCCAUCGCGGCGGCGGAUGGCCGCUCGAAUCCAGGAGUGUUUUUCUGGAUCUUCCGGUGGAUCCUUGACUUUUUGGGCGGCACUCAGAGUCACAACUUCGGCGGCCGCAGUCGCGACGUCAUCGCCUCCCGUACGUCGUCCGUUCUGGCCGACGGCCUGUCGUCCUCCGAGGACGAGGCGAUGGUGGAUGGCGAAGAGGCCGAGGACAUUCUGCCUUCUGCGGAACAGCACAUGACUGCAUCAUCCAUGAUGACUCGCAUCCAGCAGGUCCAGGAUCAGAACAAGGGGUCAAAGAGGACCUCGCAGGACGAGUUGAAGGGCGAGGUCAAGGGCGAGGUCAAAGGCGAAGUGAAGGAAGAGGGCCAAGCCGACGAGGUCGACGAGGACGGUCCUCUCCAGAGAGGUGACUUCAGCCUCUCGUCGUUCGCUUGUCUUUGUUGGCUGGCCCAGCUGAUGUCCAAGGGCACCCGGGCGAAUGCGAAGUGGAACUUGGAUUCAGCCGAGAUCCAGGCCAGGGCAGAGGCCCUUCUCUGUGGCAUGCGGGACUGUUUCUGGCAGGACGUUCGGAAAGGCCACUUCGUCGUGGUCGAGGGCGACUUGUCGGUCGAGACCCUCGUCACCGCGAAGGUGGGUCAGAUGGCAGCAAAAAUUUUUGCCAAGCGAAAGACCGUGCCAGUCGUAGAGGCUUUGAAGAUCUUACAACAGGAUGCCGGUCGAAGGAGCCUCUCUGGCGACCGUCGGCGUGUGGCCGAGAAGAUCUUCAGUCGCUUGGUCCGGGCACUCGCAGAUGCCAUCGACGACUCUGCAGGAAAGACAGUCUGGACGGCCAAUCGAGUGGAAUCCUUGGACCAGACUGCCAGGGGCUAUCGCAAGGCCUCACAUGGCUGCCAGGAGGCCGUUCUCCGAGCUGGUUCGGAGGCAGGUCCCUCGAUAGCAGCGGCUCUUCAGGCCCAGUCGCACUUCGCCUCUUCGGCGACCGGGGAGCAGCAGGGCAAGCGAAACAAGGACCGACCCGGGAAGUUCUUGGAGGCGGAACGUCUCUCGUACGUGGCCGCAGGUCGGCAGACGUUUGCGGCAACUCGGGUCCUCAGCGUCGUCGCCGAUGCCGUUCACGUGGGCCAGGAGGACUGGUUGAACGUCUUUCUGUGCGACACCGAGCAGGACUUGUCCUUCGUGUGCCCCCAGCAGGUCAAGAAGGGGACGGCCAUCACCUCGGAGGCUUGGACAGACAUGUGGCAAGGCCGCUUGACGAGCUUUUUCCGGAAAGUUGGCACGAAGGGUCGCUCGGCGGACAAGGCCACCGGUGGGGUCAGGCAGCCUGAACGGCAGGCCACUCAGGAGUGGCUUCGCGACCUCUCGCACAGCCUCGCGGUCGUUGGGUGGUCCUGGUCGUGCUGCCGGAGGACGACCGACGAGGCCAGGCCGUUCGUCUUGGUCCUUUGCACGGACCAAGAGGCCACUCAGCUGGCAGCCGCCAACUACCUGUCGUUCGGCCGGCAGUUGUUCGUGCAGCACGUGCCCGACCCGGCCCACCGCUCGCACAACGACGUUCACCUGGCCAUGGUAGCGGCCGGGCUCUUGACGUUCAGCAUCGUGUCCAUCGGGCUGUACAACGUUCGCUAUGGCCCCUGGAAUAAGGGGACGUGGUUCGGGAAGGUCCAGACCAUGGCCGACGAGAUGAGCCGCUCGAUGUCGCCGUCGGACCCGCUGCUCCUCGCCUUCUUCCCGGACAUUCUCGCCGACUGCAGGGCCGUUCGCAGGUCGUUCGUCAGGAGCAAAGGCAGCAAGGCCUCUCAGUCCAGGUUCAACAGCCUCAGCACGGCCCAUGCCGAGCUCGACAGGGACUGGUCGGCGUUCUGCCUCGUCCUCGUGGUCAUUUGCGUCGCGGAAGGCUGGGCCAAGUCUGCGGCCGACCUUUGGACUCCCCAGAGUGAGGUCGCCGAGAGUGCGGGCUCGUCCAGGGCUGCUGCCAAGUCCGCCGCUCGAAAGGCCUUGCAGAAGCAGCGAGGCCGUUCGGUGAACACUCUGCAUGGCAUGACGAUGUUCGCUUGCAACCCGGACAAUAAGUCGCUCGCCCGGACAGUGUUUUUCGUCCUUGGGCCAGAGGGCAUUCGCUGCUCCAAGAUGCUCGAGGACUUGCGAUCGGCGGAAGCGACAGUCAAGCAGUACUCCGAGUGGGCACACUGGGAGUACAUGACGGUCGCUCACGAACACGUGGCCAAGCUGUCCAAUCUCGCCGCUCUGCAGCGGAUUGGAUUGGACAUGUCCAUGCUGCUGCCGGAGGAGGAAGCUCGAGAGGCGGCCGUCACCUGGCAGGAUGCUGUGGCUCGCAGGGUCGUUCGUCUCACACAGCGGCUUCUUCGGUACCGGUGCGGCAGCCAGCUGCCUGCGACGAACGGUUGGGGGUCCACGGCUGGCCUUCUGCACCAGUCGACGGAGGCACGGCGUGCGAGCUUGAGCUUCCUCGCAGACGUGGACAAGACGGUGCAGGCUGUUCAAAAGGAAGGGUCCCUCGAGGCCAAGCUGCUGCUCGAAGGCCACCCGGCCACGGGGCCAGUCAUGGCUUUGGUGCUGUCCGAGCUGCGAGCAGAGUCGUUCGUUGAGGUUGCUGCGGACACCUUGGCCUUUUUGCGUCGUUUGUGGUCCGGCCUCUUGAACAGCAAAUUGGUCGAAGAUGCAAACAAAGUGCAGCGUGAAGCAGAGCAGAGGAACGGGACGUCCAAGACCAUCGGCCGCUUGGAAGGGUGGCAUGGGCUUACGAGGAAAAAGUUGCUCGAGGCGGGCUACAAGAGGCCAGAGGUUGCCUGCGGUGCCAUGUCCGUCGUUCCCACGAAAUUCGAACCGGACCAAUGGUUCCAACGGCCCAAGCGACUCCGUAUGGCCGACAGUUUGGCCUCGGCGUCUACUGCUUCGACUGUCGAGGAGGUCAGCGACCAGUCUCUCGAAGAGGACAUUCUCAAGGGCGUCAGCCUCGCGAAGACUUGGGCCUCGCACACACCCGAGUCGGAGCAAGACAGGCUUGCCAGCUUCUCGCUCUUGACCAAGGUUGUCAAGCAGGGCAUGGAUUGGACGUUCGUGGAGCAAGGCUGGUGGGCGUCCUUCGCGCCCGAAGGCCACGGACUGCUGUUUCCAGGGAUGCCGCCGUGCUACGUGGUUCGCAGCUACAAGCGUGCAGCUCUCGUUUGGCCGGCCAAGCUGGAGAAGCUGGCCGAAUGCGAGGAGAUGCUGGUGCUGGACCCGGAGGCCCCUUCGCUGUGCUGGCUGCACUUGUACAACGAGGAAGUGGAGGUUCUGGACCUCGUUGCGACCUCCCCGCAGCGUGGCCUGUCGCACUUUUAUUUGAGGUGCGUUUCAGGUGCGUUUCAGCUUUUUCCCAGUGUUUUUGAAGCGUUCAAAGCAAUAAGGGCCAAGUUGGACACUUCUGGUCUGCGGCUGCUCGGUGAGACUCGGCCUCUCGGAGUGGCCCUUCGUGUGCAAGCCAAAAGGCCGCUGCUCCGCCACCACGAGGUCUACGGCUUUGCAGGCGUGGCCGAGUGGGGCCUGCGACGUCUGGUCCAGAGCAAGGGCUGGUCGCUCGAGGCCUCGGACGAAGCCGGCCACGAGGAGGACGACCGACUGGCUGUUGCCUGCUUGCUCUCCUUGGAGGCCAGUCUGACCAAGGACGAAGUCGCGCGAAUCCUGUUUCGGCAGGAUGCGGCGACGUGGGCAGGCGAGUAUGGCGAGCUGGACCUCGCGGAGGUCGUUCGGGACACGAUGCUGUCGGCGGACCAGGAGGUGGCCUUGCAGCAGAUCGCCAAGCGAAAGGCCACUCACCAGACAGCUGUUCAGGUUCGCCAGCGAGUGUCCAAAACCUUCGACUACGUGUCUAAGAAGUUCGCCAGCAGGCCUGAAUUCAAGAAGGCUGCGGCAGCUCGAAAGGCCAAGGAGAAGAAGGCCGAGCAGAAGAAGAAGGAGCAGGCCACCGAGAUCAAACGUUGCUAUGCCCUCGUGAGCUCGGACGUGGACAAAGCUGUCAAGGCCGCCGUGCCUGCCGCCGUUCGGGUCUACACGGACCCUCCCAAUGGGCGGUGGAAGCUCAGCUACAGCACGGCGUGGGCGUGUGCGAGCCGGUCCAUUUCGUGGACAGCCAUCGGCAGCAAAGCUGGCGGGGCAGAAGUCCUUCGGCAAGCUUGGUCUUGGGCCGAGACCUUCGACGGCCUCGACAUCACGGACGAAGCGGCCGCGAUGUUGCAGAAGCUCGGAGCCUAG